CGGCGCGCGAAGUUUGAAUGACGUCAUUUGGCUGACUCCUGACGUAGCCGCUGGUUGGUGGGAGUUCGUCACUGGAGGCCGCUGUCAGUUGAAGAAUGGCGAAGUCAAGAGUAAAACAGAGAGAAUCGGAUCAGGAGGCGGCUGACAGGUUAUCGUGCCUUCCCGAAAAGCUGAGAGACAGGCUGCUCCCAUUUCAGCGAGAAGGAGUCCUGUUUGCCCUGCAGAGGCACGGAAGGUGUAUGAUUGCGGAUGAGAUGGGCCUCGGGAAAACUCUCCAGGCGAUUGCCGUGGCUUUUUGCUACCGCGAAGAAUGGCCGCUGCUCAUUGUUGUUCCCUCCUCCUUGAAGUAUCCAUGGAUUGAAGAAAUGGAGAAGUGGAUCCCGGAGCUGGGACCAGAGGACAUAACAGUCAUUGAGAACAAGACAGAUGUUGGGAGGAUAUCCACUUGCAAAGUGACGGUUUUGGGGUACGGCCUAUUAACCGCCGACGCGAAGACGCUGAUCGACGCCCUGUAUAAGCAGCACUUCAGAGUAGUUCUAGUGGACGAGUCUCACUACAUGAAAUCACGAAACGCUUCUCGGAGCAAACUUCUGCUGCCGAUUGUCCAGAAAGCGACAAGAGCCCUUCUUCUCACCGGGACGCCGGCGCUCGGAAGACCCGAGGAGCUUUAUAUGCAGAUCGAUGGACUGUUCCCUAGACUAUUCGGAACGUGGACGGAAUAUGCCAAGAAAUACUGUAACGCUCAUGUCAGGUAUUUCGGCAAUAGGACUCAGUGGGAUUACAGAGGAGCCUCCAAUUUAGAUGACUUACACCAGCGAUUAAGCAGCAUCAUGAUCAGGCGAUUGAAGAAUGAGGUUCUAACCCAGCUACCGCCCAAAAUCAGACAGCGGAUACCCUUUGAUCUGCCGAAGGACGUGGCCAAGGAAAUGAAUCAAAGUUUUGAAGAAUGGGAAAGACUAAUGAGAUGUCCAGAAUCGGCACCUUCAGAUUCCGGGAGCCCCUUCAUUCAGGUCAUGGGCAUGAUUACCCGCAUGUAUAAGCAGACGGCACUGGCAAAGGCUGGAGCCGUGAAAGAUUACAUUAAAAUGAUGUUAGAAAAUGAGAAGCUGAAGUUCCUGGUGUUCGGGCACCAUCUCUCCAUGCUCCAGGCCUGCACGGAGGCCGCCAUCGAGAGCAAGUUUGAAAAAGACAAGCAGCAUGACAUCCGCUCGUUCUUCUCCCCCAAACCUGACGGAGAAAAAAAACGCAAGAGGGUUGUUGGAGAAGAAGAACUUGUAGAGUUAGAUGGGGAGACAGACGACAAAGACCCAGAAGAAGUGUUUGCCACAGAAGCCAAGGUCUCGUCAGACGUCAGUGAAGUGGUCGAUGUCGAUGCCCUUUAUAAUGAUGAAGACUUUGAACAGCAAGCCAAGCGUUUCCGACCGUCCGGCAGCCAGACCCCGAAAUCUACCCCUAAAAGCGCCAAUUGUGGAAAGAGGAAGUCUUGGAAUGGCAAACCUUCUAACUUGUUUCCUUCACCUAAAGCGCGUGGUCUUUCUGAAAGUGCCUUACUUACCCCCCCAAGACCUCCUCUCUCCGAGAGGCAGUGGAGCUGCGUGGCCUGUACAUACACCAAUAACUCCUUGCUGCCAUAUUGUGAGAUAUGUGAAAGUCCUAGGAGCAGAAAAGGAGGUUCUGAGAAGCAGACCCAAGCAGCAAAUGUCUCCUGCAUUCUAGAGGAAAAAGAAAAUCGAAGUCAGAGUGAUGGGGAUAAUGAGCUUGUCGACUGUGCUCUGCAGGAGGCGCCCCCUGCUCCACAAAGUGACUUACGGGGGGAUCACUUACUAAGCAUUCAAAACAACAACUUAGAAGCCCACCCGGGGGAGGAAUCAGCAGCCACUGAACCAGAGCAUUGUCACAACUCCACUUGUUUCCCCGUGUAUGAUGGAUUAAUGUUCUGUGCCAGCAGGCAUACGGACCGCAUCUAUUUAUAUAGCAAGGAUGAAGAGCCACUGAGCUGUAAUUUCAUUCCUUUGGAUAUUAAACUGGAAAACUGGGAUGAUCUACCUGAAGCCAUGCAGCAGAAACCGAACCGAUCCCUGAUCCUCAGGUUCGUCAGAGAAUGGAACAGUUUGACAGCGAUGAAGCAGAGGACGAUCCGUAAGAGCGGCCUGAUCUUCAUCAGCCCCGUCCUGACCGCCGGAGAGCUCUCCAAGCAGCACUCGGCGCACAGCAGCACCAAGAGGUACCUGACCAAAGAAGAUGUCGCUGCCGCCUCAUUAAGCAAAGUUCAGAGCAGCGGGGGAAGCGUGAGGCUUGUCAGCAGGGAGCGCCCGCCGUCCGUCAAAGAAAAGGUGUCUCCGGGUACAGCUGCGGGACCCCCCACGCGGACCGAAGAUCCAAGGGACGCCGGGUCCCUGCUGGACGCUGAAGGUGAAGGCUACCUGCAAGCGGUGGACAGUGCCGGGAAUCCUCUGUGCGUUUACUGCCAGGAACCUUGCCCGGAGCGGAGCGAGGCGGCGGUGGCCUGGGACAGUCGGUUCUGCAGCCGCAAAUGUCAGGACGACUUCCUGGUCCGCUCCAACCAGAGCUACAUGAGGGCGAGUGUGUUUGAGACGGAGCACGGGGUGUGCCAGCAGUGCUGCCUGAACGCACACGAGCUGUUCCUGAGCGUCCGGGACGCCCCCUUGAGCCAGAGGAAGGGACUGCUGGAAAGCACGUGGAUGGCGCAGCUUCCGCUAGACCAGUUAAACGAGCUGAUCCGGAAUCCCACAGAGGGUCAGUUUUGGCAGGUGGACCACAUCAGACCCGUGUACGGCGGGGGAGGACAGUGCGCCCUGGACAACCUGCAGACACUGUGCACCGUGUGCCAUCGAGAGAGAACAGCUCGUCAAGCGAAAGAGAGGAGUCGAUCCAAGAAGCUUUCCGUGGCCUCCAAAUAUGGAUCCGAUAUCACCAAAUUCUUUACCAAAGCCUAACGUUAUAACUGAUGUGUUGUAUCGGUCAUUUUAUGUGUUUUCCAAGCUCUAAAUUAUGGAGUAAAUAAAAAAGGUUUCUUUUGUUAAAUAGACAACGGCCUAAUCUGAGGUUCUAAUGACAAAAUCUGUCAAAAAUAGUGAGCGUUUGCGUCCAUACCCUGACUGAGCAGCUCUCUCUCCCCCUUUCCCAGCAUGAUCUCAAGUGGCAUUUAAUUAAGGAAACUCCCUCAGUAUUGUAUGUGAUCAGUUUGAUGUUUAAAACCCUUUUAAAUGAGACCGAAGCAGUGACUGAAGAUCACUACUUCUAAUGGCGGCAGUCAUUGUGCAGGGGGUCCUUCUGUAACGGUCUUUUACAUUUUCCUUCUUCAGGAGGGAUCCUUGGCUUUUCUUACUUACUAAUUAAUUAUUAAUAUGUCUAUCAUGAUGUGAACGGGAGUCCUAGCCCCGUCCUGCUAAACCUCACUAGCUACUCGGUGUAUAGAGGGACGUAGUUGGGUGAGUACAGUUAAAUUAAUUGUCACAACAGGAAAUGGAUUAGUCUCCUCGCCAGUGCCUGCCCAGAUCCGUAAACAGCAGGGCGAUCACUGACUAGGUUAGGUUCACAGACGUCAGCAUUGUCCCCUGUUUAUCUCCAGAAACACCCCGGUAUUUGUGACUGAUAUUAGAUAUUAGCUGAUGACAGUCAAACGGCUCCUUUAAAAAAAAAAAAAAAAAUCAUCCAAAAAAAAAAAAAAGCGUAACCCGCUACCUCUAAGAAACGAUUGUUGUCACAAAUAACGACGGAGGAGGAAUCGUCAGCAGUAAAAUGUUCAGUUAAUAAAAGGCUCUGUAUAAUUAAUGAACAAAAAUACGAAUGAGGAAACGAGCCGAUAAUAAUAGAAACGCCUCACGAGAAGAUUCCUCAUCACAGACACAGAACAUUGCAUCUACCGCCGUUAUAUCUGCCCUGACGCUCAGAGGUGGAGAAUUGCACCAAUUAGCGCAACCAAAAAUAAAAUCAUAAUCAAGACGCAGACCACAUGUGUUAUUGGGAAAGUAUGUGA